AGCCUCCGCUUUAGCCUUUGAGCCAACACUCACACAUACAUGGAAAAGUACACAUAUGCUACGGCAGUUACUAUACCGGAAGACACAAAGCGAAAGAGAUCAAUAUGACCAGUACGACUGAUAUGGAUGUGUCGCCUCCAUCAAUACAAGGGGCUUUAACGAUGUAUAUUCUUUAUACGCUGGCGUUCGUUGUAACCAUUACUGACGCCAAGCAGCCACACAUCGUGUUCAUGGUCGCAGAUGAUUACGGCUGGAAUGAUGUAGGAUUCCACAACCCUGAUAUGAUUACACCAAACAUUGACAAGCUUGCGUACGAGGGAGUUAUACUCAACCAGUCCUACGUACAACCCGUUUGUUCACCGUCCCGGCAUGCGUUUAUGACGGGUAUAUAUCCCUUUAAAUCUGGACUUCAGCACUUAGUCAUCAAGGCAAAGCAGGCUUCCUGUUCCCCCCUUGGAACUCCAUUCCUGUCGGAGUAUCUGAAGAAGCUCGGAUAUGCAACGCAUAUUAUUGGGAAGUGGCACCUGGGAUACUGUAAGUGGGAGUGUACCCCCACGUUCCGGGGAUUUGACACGUUCUAUGGGUUUUACAAUGGAAGGGAGGAUUAUUACAACCGAAGUGUAUUCGGGGGGAAUGAUUUCAGAAAUGGUGAAGAAGCCAUCUUACCAGACAGGACAACAUAUUCAACGUAUAUCUAUGCUGACCGAGACAAACAGGUGAUUUCCCAACACGACAAAGACAAACCGUUUUUCCUGUAUUUCCCGUUCCAGUCGCCACAUGAACCAAUAGAGGUGCCAACAAAGUACGAGAACAUGUACAGCAACAUAAAGCACGAAGGAAGAAGGAAAUAUUCCGGUAUGGUGACGGCCAUGGACGACAUGGUAGGGACCGUGACGGCCGCCCUGAAAGAGAAAGGAAUGUAUAAUGACACACUCUUCGUCUUCACUGCCGAUAAUGGUGGUGCGCACAUAUUCCAUGCCAGCAACUACCCCCUGCGUGGGGCUAAAGUAACUAUUUACGAGGGAGGUACCAGAGCGGUGGCCCUUAUUGCCGGGGCUGGACUAGAAAAGACGGGAUACACAUAUAACGGGGAAGAUUUUGUUUACGUAUAUGUUGUCCUCAUUGCGUAUAUAUAG